AUGAAGUUAGCCGUGCUGUCGUCCCUCUUGACAUUAGGGGCUAGUCUUGCCAUUGAAAAGAAUGUUGUCGUCUCUAAAGAUGCACCUAAAAAACAGUUUGAGCUCAAUUUGACCUGGGAAGCUUCGGCACCUGAUGGAUUUGAGCGCAUGCAAGUUUUGAUCAAUGGCCAGUUCCCUGGACCUCCACUUAUAGUUGAUGAGGGAGACCACGUCGAGGUGACUGUGAAUAACUACUUGCCAUUCAACACCACCGUACACUAUCACGGCAUUGAACAAGUAGGAACAUCCUGGUCAGAUGGAGUGCCUGGCGUUUCGCAAAAUCUUAUCCCUCCAGGCGGGAGAUUUGUUUCGGCGUUUAAUGUUGAGCAAUAUGGAACAUAUUGGUAUCACUCACAUUCUGCUGGACAAAUCAUGGAUGGUCUUUAUGGACCUAUCUACGUUAGGCCACAAACAAUCAACAACGAUCUUCUCACUGCAAUCACAAGUGAUAGCACAGAGCAAGCACAGAUUCAAGACGCCAUCAAAUCCCCUCUUCUGGUAAUGCUUUCCGAUUGGAUGCAUUUUACAUCAGAGGAUCUCCGAGCCAUUGCUCUGGCUGCGAAUAUCGAUACAGUAUGUACGGACUCCGUUUUGAUUAACGGAAAGGGUCGGGUGAACUGCCAGAGUGUGGACUAUCUGAAUAGUUUGGUUUCUGCCGCUGAAGCACCUAUCCUCGAAGGCUUAUCUUAUACCCCGAAAGGUUGCAUUCCGCUCCAGAACACAUUUGUCCAGCCAGGCGAUUCGCACGACUUUAAUCAAGUCCCAGUUUCUCUCUUCGACCAAUGCAAUGCUACAGGCGCAACGGAGGAGGUCAUCGAAGUUGACUCAAGCAAUGGCUGGGCGAGCCUGAACUUCAUCGGUUCUUCAUCUGUGUUGGCUCCCAUUGUCUCUAUCAACAAUCAUCCCCUCUGGGUCUACGAGGUCGACGGCUUGUACAUCAAGCCAACAAAAGUUGACUCUUUAAAACUCAGCGUUGGCGGUCGCUAUUCUGCCUUGAUUAAAUUGGACAACACUCCAGGAGCAUAUCCCAUCAAUGUGGCUAGCUCAGGUAUCAAUCAAAAGAUUGCAGGUUACGGUACACUUUCCUAUAAAAAUGGAAAUUCAGAUGUUCAGUCGACCGCUUCUAUCGAUUAUGGUGGUACCAACACAAGCGCUUCUGUCGUCUCUCUUGAUGAAAGUGUCAUUGAACCACUUGUUCCAGAUCAGCCCAGAGACAACCCGGAUCAAACAUAUAUCCUCAGCUCUGGCCGCUUGCAGAAGGCUUGGGAAUGGUCUCUCAAUGGGGAUAAUUCAUACAAGCUGGAGUUAGAAGCUCAAAGACCCUUAUUAUGGAAUCCUGAAAAGGCAGACGAUAGUGCCCUGGUUAUCGGUACGAAGAACAACACUUGGGUGGAUAUCAUUUUUGCCAUGACUGGACAGGCGAACACUCUUCAACCUCCCCAUCCUUUGCACAAGCACUCCAACCGAGUAUACGUACUUGGUUCCGGCAGCGGCAGUUUCAAUUGGACUUCAGUUGCAGAGGCCGCCCAGGCUAUCCCUGACAGCUUCAACUUAAUUAAUCCACCAAUUCGAGAUACUUUUACGACACCCGCCGCUGUUGCUGGUCAAAGCUGGAUGGCGAUUCGCUAUCAUGUUAAAAACCCGGGGGCUUUCUUCCUCCAUUGCCAUAUCGACCCGCACCUUACUGGUGGCAUGGCCCUCGCAAUAUUGGACGGUAUAGACACCUGGCCAGAGAUUCCGGCCCAAUAUGGACCUGAUGGGCAAUGGGGUAAUGCACAUGGAAGGUGA